UGCAAUCCCUAUUGUCAGGCAGACGACCAACUUGUUGAUGUUUAUAAAAUGAAGACACAUCCUCCGAAGUAUUACUUAAAUACCCUUUCAAAUAAUGAUUUGGAAUCAUUCACUGGGAAGGAUAUUGAUAAUGCGUUUCAGGAAAUAUACGAAAUCGAAAUGAAAAAGAAACGUGCUCAAAUAAUGAGAAGACUAGAUUCUCAAUCAAAGAAAAAUACUCAGCAGCUUGCUACAUUUAUGCCAAGAACACCUCUCUGUCAGACUUUCAAAAAGCCAGCUUCACCAAACGGUUCAUCACCUGUUUACACGAAUCGAUCCCCAGCUAUUAAGCGCUUUGAUCCUGUUAUGUGUACAUUCAAUUCAUCAGAAUCAGAUGGUCAAGGGUUCCGUAAAUACACCAGAUCAUUAUUACAAACACCUAGAAUAAAGAACGUCAAAUUGAUUAACAUGAGCUACAGUCAACCUUCAACUCCAAAAAUCAACUUCAACCAAUCACAUCAAAUGCCAUAUCAGACACCAAGCCUGUUGAAUAGGAAUGUGAAUUGGCCAUCUGUACAAACUUUUGAUAUACCCCUGACUCCUCUGUUGAAUGAUCCAUUAAAUGUAUUUGAGGUGAAAUCUGGAAAUCAAGAUAUCUUUCCACUUGAUAUUCUUCAAAUGAUUGAUGAUGACACUAAGCCUGUGGAGUCGGUAGAUAAAGAGCUACACAGAUAUACAGAUGUGACGCUGAGUGAUCUCAAUGUGGCUGAUUACCUUUUGGACAUUGCAGAAGACUAUUCUACAACCAAUACCAUCACCACCAUAGCACAAGUCUCACAGCAAAACACUCCAGAUAAGCUGAAUACAAAGAGAAAAUGCAGACGAGCAAAACCUGUGAAUUAUGAAGAGUCUUUAGUUUACAAGAGACAAAAGAAAGAAAGAGAUAGAAAGAUGAGGCAAAAAAGAAAGGAGUCUUUCAAUAAGCAGCCCAUUGGUCUGAGGCGGAGCCAGCGAAAGACCAAAAAGAAUGUCAAAUACUUCUAGACAUCAACUUAAUCGAAUGGUAAACUCAUUUGUUAAUAUGUUGAAGUGAUUAAACCGUCAAAGAGGAACUUUUGAAACAAUUUAGAGUGGGAUCUUAUAUGAAGAGACAGACAACUUGUAUUUUUGUGAUAAUUUGAUAUCUCUUAUAAAGUAAUCAAAUGUUCUGUUAAAAUCAAAUUGUCGGGUGUAAAAUGUCCGCAGAAAAAAAAACUUGACUUGCUUAUUGCUAUGCCUGUGAUGAACUCUUUUACAGCUUAUUUUUAUACAUUUGUUGAAAUUUGAAAUGUUUUCAUGGUGAUUUUUACUUAGUUGUAUGAUUACUAGUAAGUGGCUUAAUGGACAAAGAAGGAAUGUAGGAGCCUAUUCCUGCACUAAAAACAAUUUAGUGAUAAAAAGCAAAUCAUAUUUGUUUACCUUCAUUCUGAGAGAAACUGUUAAGAGUGUGCAUUAAUUCAUUGAAUAGUCUGUGUAAAGUUUAUUGACUGUGCUAACAUGAUCUAGGUUCCAUGUGCAGCUAGACUAAUAUAGUAAUUGAACUAUUGGUGAUGCUUUGACCCAAUACUCAAUGGAGUUAAAUGAGAAUCUAGGAGUAAUAUGUGUAAUGUUUGUAGCAGAUUCUGAGAAACCUUGCCAUGUAGAAUUGCUGUACUCUGUUAUUACUGUUUCAGUGUGGCUCAUUAUAUUCCAAUUAAAUAUUAAAUGUAGGUUCAAUUUAUUUCAUUCACCCUGGGUAUUAAAAUUGGAUACAAUUGGU